AUGAUGGCUCACGAAAUACCAAUUCCAAUUAAAGUACAUACAAACGAAAUGAAUGAUACAUUUACAUCAUCACCAAAUAAUAAUCAAAAAUCUCAACAAUCAAAUUCAAAAAUUCAACCAAAAAUUAAUAUAGAUGAAGAAGUAAGAUUACUUCCAAGUGGUUUACCAGUAAAUUUUGGUCAUAAUAAUAAUCCAUCAAAAAAGAAUAAAGGUUCGAUUAAAUUAUCUUCGUUGCCAACAUUACCGAAUGGGGAGAAACCAGAUUUUUACAAUGACAACAAUAGUGGUAGUAGUAGUAGAAAAGAGAAUAAAAGGAGAGGAAAUAAAAAUAAAGAACUUGACAUAUCAAAUUCAAAUACAAGAUCAAAGUCCAAUAGUACUUCAUCAUCAAAAGAUUCUAAGAAAAAAUCAAAUAAUUCAACAGCAAAACAAGCAAUAGAUAUAGAACCGAGCUUACCAAAUGGUGAAAAACCAAAUUUCGGAAAUAAAAACAACAAUAAUAAUAAUGAUAAUUCAAAAUUAAAAAAAUUAUCAAAAUAUGAUAAAAAUGCAGUUGCAGUAACAUUAAAAGAUGAUUCAUAUGCUGGUUCAUCGUUUCAUUCAUCCCCAGCUGCAUUGGCGUUACCAAAACCAAAAUUUAAAUCAUCACCAAAACAAAUUAAUUCACAAAAAAAUUCAGAUAAUGAUGAUUUAACUGAUUUAUCAAAUAAAUUUUCUUCAAUUUCAACAAAUAGUGAUACAUCAAGUACAAGUUCUCAACAAACCACUCCUCCUAAAAAUUUAACUAAUUUAUCAUUACCAUUACCUCAAACUUUACCAAAUCCAAUGUAUCAGCAUAUUCCCCCUCAUGGACAAGUAAACUCAAAUCAACAGCCUUAUUCAUAUUAUAAUGGAAAUGUUGCACCACCAAUUCCAAUGCAAUUUAAUCAUUAUCAAAGUGGUCCACCGCCAUUUCCAAAUUAUUCGAACAAUAAUGUACCACCAAAUUUUCAUUCUUAUCCACAAAAUCCUCAGUAUCCUCAAUAUCCUCAAUACCCUCAAUAUCCACAAGCUCAUCCAAUUCCUCAACAAUUUCAACAACCAUUUCCAACAACCCAACAAGCUCCACCACAACAACAGCACCAACAACAAAAAUCACAAUAA